AAAAAAAAACGGUGGUGGUGUCAUCAACGUCGACCGAAACCUGAUUCCCGAGAGACACUUCCACCACCAUGUUUCGGCCUAUCUAACCUUAUUUUACAACUAGAUCCACCCCCCGGCCAACUCGACACUCCCCGUUUCUCUUUCUCUCUCCACCUCCCCUGCCACCGUUUCCUCCGCCUCCGCCUCCGCCGCUGCCGCUGCCGCUGCAAUCACGAAGCUUCCGUUUCCACAACCCUCUCUUUCCUCCAUUCUUAUGGCCUCCUGAUCUGGCAAUACAUCUAAGUUAGUUUCUACAAUAAAAUACCGCUUUUAAUUGUUCGAAAUUCUCGAUUUUUGAUGAUUUCGUCGGAAUUUCAAUUCCAGUAGAAAUCUUUAUGACACAAAAAUUGGAUAAAUUUCAAUUUUAUACUUAUUGAAAAGUGAAUGUAAGUUGCAAUUCAACAAAAAUGAAGUCGGGCAGUGCAGCAAAAUUGAUUGUGGAUGCCCUGCUCCAACGUUUUCUUCCGCUUGCGCGGCGUCGAAUUGAAACUGCUCAAGCUCAGGAUGGACAGUACCUUAGUCCAUCUGAUCCAGCCUAUGACCAAGUACUGGAUUCCCUUGCUAUGGUUGCUCGACAUACACCAGUACCUCUUUUGGAAGCUCUUCUUAGGUGGAGAGAGAGUGAAUCCCCAAAGGGUGCGAAUGAUGCCUCUACAUUUCAAAGAAAGCUUGCAGUGGAAUGCAUAUUUUGCUCAGCAUGCAUUCGUUUUGUGGAGUGCUGUCUUCCAGAAGGACUUACAGAGAAACUUUGGUCUGGGCUUGAGAACUUUGUGUUUGACUGGCUAAUCAAUGCUGACAGGGUUGUUAGCCAGGUUGAAUAUCCAUCCCUUGUCGAUUUGAGGGGGCUGCUGUUGGAUCAUGUUGCUCAACUUUUAGGCGCGUUAUCUCGUAUAAGGUUUAGUUCUGUAACUGAGCGUUUUUUUAUGGAGUUGAAUACUCGCCGAAUUGACACUAGUGUUGCCCGGAGUGAAACGUUGAAUAUCAUCAGCGGCAUGCGUUACUUGAAACUUGGGGUUAAGACAGAGGGUGGACUGAAUGCAUCAGCCUCUUUUGUAGCAAAAGCAAACCCUCUGAACCGAGCUCCACAUAAACGGAAAAGUGAACUCCACCAUGCACUAUGUAACAUGCUCACAAAUAUAUUGGCCCCACUAGCAGAUGGUGGAAGGAAUCAGUGGCCCCCCUUAGGUGUGGAGCCUGCACUGAAUCUUUGGUAUGAAGCAGUUGGACGAAUAAGAGGGCAGCUGAUCCAUUGGAUGGACAAACAAAGCAAACAUCUAGCUGUAGGUUACCCUCUUGUGACUCUUUUUCUUUGUCUUGGAGAGCCUCAAACUUUUGAAACUAAUUUUGGUCCACACAUGGAGCAGCUGUACAAGCUUCUACGCGACAAGAAUCAUCGCUUCAUGGCCUUGGACUGCCUCCAUCGGGCUGUGAGAUUUUAUUUAAGUGUUUACGCUCCUGGUCAACCACCAAAUCGUGUUUGGGAUUAUCUGGAUAGUGUCACCUCGCAACUGCUAACAAUACUAAGGAAAGGAAUGCUUACGCAAGAUGUCCAACAUGACAAGCUUGUUGACUUUUGUGUAACUAUAGCAGAGAACAACCUAGAUUUUGCAAUGAACCACAUGAUUUUGGAGUUGCUAAGGCAAGAUAGUUCAAGUGAAGCCAAAGUUAUUGGUCUCCGUGCUUUGCACAGAAUAGUUGUGUCUCCUUCAAGUGAAUAUGUUGGAUUGGAAAUUUUUCAAGGUCACGACAUUGGCCACUACAUCCCAAAGGUGAAGGCUGCGAUUGAAUUUAUCAUAAGAUCUUGCCAUCGAACCUACAGUCAGGCACUUCUUACUUCUUCGAGGACAGCCAUUGAUUCUGUUACCAAGGAAAAAUCCCAAGGCUAUCUUUUCCGAUCAGUUUUAAAAUGUAUACCUGACCUAAUAGAAGAGGUUGGUCGAAAUGAUAAGAUCACUGAAAUAAUUCCUCAGCAUGGCAUAAGUAUUGAUCCUGGUGUACGUGAAGAAGCUGUGCAAGUGCUUAACCGAAUUGUGAAAUCCCUGCCUCACCGCCGAUUUGCUGUCAUGAGAGGGAUGGCAAACUUUAUUUUACGUCUUCCUGAUGAGUUUCCACUUCUUAUUCAAACAUCAUUGGGAAGGUUAUUGGAACUAAUGCGCUUUUGGAGAUUACGUCUACAUGAGGAAAGGCUGGAAUUUGAUGCACACGAUACAAAGCAUGCCCAGGAAAUUGGUGCAUUUAGGAGGCCUUCUGUUCAUCGUUCAGGGGAAGCUAUUGAUUUUCGGGCUUCUGAGAUUGAUGCUGUUGGUCUUAUCUUUCUUUGUUCUGUUGAUAGUCAGAUCAGGCAUACUGCACUUGAGUUGUUACGCUGUGUCCGGGCCUUGUGGAAUGACAUAAGUGAUCUUGCAGUUCAUGAAAAAGCAGAUCACAGUCUGGGGAAUGAAGCAGAACCCAUAUUCAUAAUUGAUGUCCUUGAGGAAAAUGGGGAUGACAUCGUCCAGAGCUGUUACUGGGAUUGUGGGCGCCCAUUUGACAUGAGACGUGAAUGUGAUGCAGUCCCGCUUGAUGUCACCAUUCAAUCUAUUCUUUUUGAGAGCCCUGACAAGAAUAGAUGGGCUAGAUGUCUCAGUGAACUUGUGAAAUACGCUUCUGAGCUUUGCCCCAGAUCUGUUCAAGAAGCAAAGUCUGAGGUCAUUCGACGUCUUGCAUAUAUUACACCUAUUGAGUUAGGUGGCAGGGCUAACCAAUCACAAGAUGCUGAUAACAAGUUGGAUCAAUGGCUCAUGUAUGCAAUGUUUGCUUGUUCAUGUCCUCCUGACGCUAGGGAGGCUGCAAGCUUUGGAGCAACAAAAGAGCUUUUCAGACUUAUUUUUCCGUCGCUAAAAUCCGGAUCUGAAGCUCAAGUAAAUGCAGCUACGAUGGCUCUUGGUCAUUCUCAUCUGGAAGUAUGCGAAACUAUGUUUGGGGAGCUUGCAUCUUUCAUUGAUGAGGUUUCCCUCGAAACAGAAGGAAAGCCAAAAUGGAAGAGUCAAAAGUCACGCCGUGAAGAGCUACGUAUUUACAUAGCAAAUAUUUAUCGAACUGUGGCAGAGAAAAUUUGGCCUGGUAUGCUCAGUCGGAAACCAGUUUUCCGUCUUCACUACUUAAAGUUCAUUGAAGAGACGCAUCGACAUAUUUUGACUGCAUCACUGGAGAGUUUUCAAGAUAUUCAACCCCUUCGCUUUGCUCUUUCCACUGUCUUAAGAUAUCUUGCUCCAGAAUUUGUUGAAUCAAAAUCUGAAAAAUUUGAUCUUAGAACAAGGAAACGAUUGUUUGAACUUCUUCUUUCUUGGAGUGAUGACGUGGGUUGUGCAUGGAAUCAAGAUGGAAUCAGUGAUUACCGCCGAGAACUGGAAAGGUAUAAAGCUUCUCAGCACGGGCGCUCGAAGGACUCUGUGGACAAACUUUCGUUUGAUAAGGAACUAAAUGAACAAGUUGAGGCUAUACAAUGGGCAUCCAUGAAUGCUGUGGCCUCACUCUUGUAUGGACCUUGCUUUGAUGACAAUGCCAGGAAAAUGAGUGGCAGAGUAAUAUCCUGGAUUAACAGUUUAUUUAUUGAGCCUGCACCUAGGGCUCCUUUUGGUUAUUCACCUGCCGAUCCAAGGACUCCAUCUUAUUCUAAGUACACUGGUGAUGGUGGGAGAGGUACAGGCCGUGAUCGACACAAAGGUGGCCAUCUUCGUGUUUCCUUGGCGAAAUUGGCAUUGAAGAAUCUGCUUCUGACAAAUCUGGAUCUCUUUCCUGCCUGCAUUGAUCAGUGCUAUUACUCAGAUGCUGCCAUAGCAGAUGGUUACUUCAGUGUUCUGGCUGAAGUCUACAUGCGCCAAGAGAUACCCAAAUGUGAAAUUCAGAGAUUGCUGAGCUUAAUCUUAUACAAAGUUGUUGAUCCAUCUAGACAAAUUCGAGAUGAUGCCCUGCAGAUGCUUGAGACUCUUUCUGUCCGUACGUGGGCGGAAGAUGGAAUGGAGGGCUCAGGAAGCUAUAGAGCUGCUGUUGUUGGCAAUCUCCCUGAUUCGUACCAACAAUUCCAAUAUAAGCUUUCCUGCAAACUUGCCAAGGAUCAUCCUGAGUUGAGCCAGCUUCUUUGUGAGGAAAUUAUGCAGAGGCAGCUUGAUGCUGUUGACAUAAUUGCUCAGCAUCAAGUCUUAACUUGCAUGGCACCCUGGAUUGAAAAUCUUAAUUUUUGGAAGCUGAAAGAUGGCUGGACAGAGCGCUUGUUAAAGAGUUUGUAUUAUGUCACUUGGCGGCACGGUGAUCAGUUUCCUGAUGAGAUCGAAAAGCUUUGGAGUACAAUUGCUAGCAAGUCUAGGAACAUUAGUCCAGUUCUUGACUUUUUAAUCACCAAAGGUAUUGAAGACUGUGAUUCCAAUGCUUCUGCUGAAAUAAGUGGUGCUUUUGCUACAUAUUUCUCAGUUGCAAAAAGGGUGAGCUUAUACCUAGCAAGGAUUUGUCCCCAGCGAACAAUAGAUCAUCUUGUGUAUCAGUUGGCGCAGCGGAUGCUUGAGGAUAGUGUUGAACCUCUUAGGCCUAGUACUAGUAAGGCUGAUGUCAAUGGGAAUGUUAUUUUGGAGUUUUCUCAAGGCCCUGCAGCUCCACAGGUUAUAUCUAUGGUUGACAGCCAGCCACACAUGUCGCCUUUGCUUGUUCGAGGCUCUCUUGAUGUCCCACUGAGGAACACCAGUGGAAGCCUGAGCUGGCGCACUGCUGGUGUUGGUGGUCGCAGUGCCUCAGGCCCAUUGAGUCCUAUGCCUCCAGAGAUGAAUGUCGUUCCUGUGACUCCUGCUGGCCGUUCAGGUCAGCUUCUUCCAUCUUUGGUAAACAUGUCAGGGCCUUUGAUGGGGGUACGAAGUUCUACUGGGAGUAUACGCAGUCGUCAUGUUUCCAGGGACAGUGGAGAUUACUUCAUUGACACUCCAAACUCUGGCGACGAUGGGUUGCAUUCAAGUGUUGGAAUGCAUGGUGUCAAUGCAAAAGAGCUUCAGUCAGCUUUGCAGGGUCACCAACAACAUUCACUUACUCAAGCAGACAUUGCUUUGAUUCUACUUGCUGAAAUCGCCUAUGAGAAUGAUGAAGAUUUUAGGGAGCACUUGCCUUUGCUGUUCCACGUUACCUUUGUUUCAAUGGACAGUUCGGAAGAUAUUGUUCUUGAGCACUGUCAACACCUUCUAGUUAAUUUGUUAUAUUCAUUGGCUGGAAGGCACUUGGAGCUUUAUGAGGUUGAAAACAGUGACGGGGAGAACAAGCAGCAAGUUGUCAGCUUAAUCAAGUAUGUGCAGUCUAAGCGUGGAAGCAUGAUGUGGGAAAAUGAGGACCCCUCUGUACUAAGGCCUGAUGUCCCAAGUUCAGCACUUUUAUCUGCUCUGGUUCAAAGCAUGGUUGAUGCUAUAUUUUUCCAAGGAGACCUUCGGGAGACUUGGGGAACAGAAGCGUUAAAAUGGGCUAUGGAGUGUACUUCAAGGCACCUUGCAUGUCGGUCCCAUCAGAUAUAUCGGGCAUUAAGGCCAAAGGUAACUAGUGACGCCUGUGUUUCACUUCUCCGAUGCUUGCACAGGUGUUUAAUUAAUCCUCAACCUGAAGUUUUGGGCUUUAUUAUGGAGAUCCUGUUGACACUGCAAGUGAUGGUAGAAAACAUGGAACCUGAAAAAGUCAUACUUUUCCCCCAGCUUUUCUGGGGCUGUGUUGCAAUGAUGCACACAGAUUUUGUUCAUGUUUACUGCCAGGUGCUUGAGCUUUUCUUGCGUGUUAUAGAUCGCUUGUCCUUUCGGGAAAGAACAACAGAAAAUGUGCUUUUAUCAAGCAUGCCACGUGAUGAGCUGGAUACUAGUGUAUCUGAGGUGGGGGAGUUCCAACACUUGGAAUCAAGGACAGGUGUUGAUCUUGGUGGCAAGGUUCCUGAUUUUGAAGGUGUGCAGCCUCUUGUUCUGAAAGGGCUCAUGUCAACUGUUAGCCAUGGUGUUUCUAUUGAGGUCCUUUCACGCAUCACAUUCCCAUCAUGUGAUUCUAUAUUUGGGGAUCCAGGAACGAGGCUUCUCAUGCAUAUUACCGGCUUGUUACCCUGGUUGUGUUUACAGCUCAGCAAGGAUCCUAUUGGUCUUGCCUCGCCUCUCCAUCAACAGUAUCAGAAAGCUUGCUCUGUUGCUGCUAAUAUUGCUCACUGGUGUAGAGUAAAAUCCCUUGAGGGGUUGGCCACAGUAUUUUUGGCAUACUCGCAAGGUGAGUUCAAGACUAUUAAUAAUUUACUGGCUUGCAUAGCUCCUUUAUUAUGCAACGAGUGGUUUCCAAAACACUCAGCAUUAGCUUUUGGACAUUUGCUAAGAUUAUUAGAGAGAGGGCCUGUUGAGUAUCAAAGGGUGAUUUUGCUUUUGUUGAAAGAACUACUUCAGCAUACUCCAGUUGAUGCUGCACAAAAUCCGCAUAUGUAUGCAAUUGUGUCCCAGUUGGUGGAGAGCUCUUUGGGGUGUGACGCACUCAGCGUACUGGAAGCCUUAUUGCAAAGUUGCAGUUCUUUGAGUGGUUCCCAAUCCCAUAUGCAUGAGCCUGGUGGUUAUGAGAAUGGCCAUAUUGGGGUUGAAGAAAGGUUGCUUGCACCUCAGACUUCAUUUAAGGCUCGUAGUGGACCACUACCAUAUCUUCUCGGGUCAGGAUUUGGAACGGCUUUAAUGUCCCAUGGAUUAGUGGUUGAAUCUGGAAUGCCUCCUAAGGAAGUUGCCUUACAGAAUACGCGGUUGAUUAUGGGACGGGUUCUGGAUAACUGUGCACUAGGAAGGAAGAAGGAUCACAAAAGGCUGGUGCCUUUUGUUUCACAUACAGGAAAUCAUUAAGCAUUUUAAUCACUGUAUAUAACACCAUUUUUGCUGCAUCUCGUCUAUGUAGUGUAUGCCGCUCGCACGGCAUGUAAAAUUAAUUUUAUUUUAUUAGCAUUGCUCUUGAAGAUCUAAGGAUAGUUAGCACAUAAUUUCUGUAAAUAGCAGCAGAUCACUAAUCAGUAUGUAUCUUAGAUUGAUAUGUAUAGAUUUUUGCUUACUUUUCAAAUUUAAUUUUGUAAUGCAGUGUCCCAAGUAUAAUGGCACAGUUUUCCCAGAUUCGUAUUGUAGCACAUAAAUUUACGAGAGUAAUGCUCUGUUUGUUUCAAUGAAAAAUAUUUUCAAAGGAAAA